UCUCUCUCACUAUAUAGCUGUGUUGUAAUUAUAAAUUAAAAAAUAAUUCAGACAGACAACACAUUCGCUAUUCGAAUAGAAUUCUUGAUUUUUCAGUCUGAAAAAUCAAAUCUUGGGAUUCUUUUCUCUAGAUUAGUAGAUCAGAGAAAAAAAAAAAAGAAUGGUUGAAACGCGGCGGAGCUCUUCUUCCUCCAAGCGUACCCUCUCUUCGCCGUCGUCUUCUCAGCCCAGAGGAAAACGAUCCAAGGCGUCGUCUUCUUCGACGAACGAUUCGCCGUCUUCAGAGGAAGUCGCUGUCGCGUCGGCGGCGAAAGAGUUGGAGACUGGAUCGGUUGAUCCGGCGAACGGCGGCGGCGGCGAUAAUCAGUCGGCUGAUGCGGCGGCAGAGAAAGUAACGGAGGCGGUGGAAGCAGAUGAUUCUGUUGUUAAUGAGGAGGAUGAAGGGAAGUCCGGUGGGCCAUCCGACAAUGGAGGAAAGGGGCAACUGAAAUCUAAUGGCGAUGCUGCAUGGGGUAAACUUAUUUCCCAGUGUCCAAAGAUUCCACAUGUUGUCAUACAUCGUCCAAUUUUCACUGUUGGUCAAGGCCGCCAAUGCGAUUUGUCGCUGAGCCCAACAGUUAGUAAUUCCUUGUGUAAUCUAAAGCGCAAGGAAUCAGAGGGAGGAGAAUCGUGUACGGAGCUUGAAAUCACUGGGAAUAAAGGAUCUGUAGAAGUGAAUGGUAAGCCUUGCUCGAAAGAUUCGACUACUCCUUUAAAAGAGGGCGAUGAGUUGGCCUUUUGCUCUUCGUCUGGUAAACAUGCUUAUAUUUUCCAACUCCUGACUGAUAUAAACUCAUCUCCAAUCGAUGUGCCGUCUCCUCUGUGCAUAUUAGAAACGAACGAUGGAACCAUUGAAGGAUUACACAUAGAGGCAAGACCGGGCGACCCUUCUGCUAUUUCCGUCGCAUCAGCUCUGGCUACGUUAUCAGACCAUCACGCCGAAGAAUUACCUCCAUCUCAGAAUGGUUCUGAAAUACCAUCUUUACCCUCGGCUUGUGCGGUUUCAGACACUGACAUGAAGGACGCUUCUGACCAUAACGACGGUGCUACUGCGUCACCUGUGGAGAAUGUUGUCAUCGGCGAUAAAAUGAAUGUUGAUGGUGAGAGUGAUAAAAUAAAUCUUGCACCCGAGUUGAGGCCAUUUUCGCAGAUGCUAGCUAGUUCGUCGACCCCUGCGUUUGGUGUGAGUAGUAGUAUAUCUAGAAUUCUGGACGAGCAUAGGCCGAACAGAAAUCAGCGCAAGCAUUCCGAUCCUCCCGUUUCGUUAGCAUCAAGACGUCAAGCUUACAAAGAUGCUUUACAACAAGGAUUGUUGCAUUGCAAAGAUAUCGAGGUUUCAUUUGAUGAUUUUCAGUAUUAUCUCAGUGAAACCACCAAGAAGGUUCUCAUUGCUUCGGCAUACAUACAUUUGAAAUGUAAUAAAUUUACAAAGUUUGCGUCGGAACUCCCAACAUUGUGCCCGAGAAUCUUGCUGUCAGGUCCUGCAGGUUCUGAAAUAUACCAGGAAACAUUGGCAAAGGCACUUGCUAAAUAUUUUGGUGCCGGGCUUCUGAUUGUUGAUAGUAUUGCAUUACCUGGUGGACCAACAACAAAAGAAGCUGAUUCGGUAAAAGAAAGUUCAAAGCCUGAGAGAGCAAGUGUAUUUUCAAAGCGGACCACUGCUGCGCUACACCUUAAAAAACCAACCUCGAGUGUAGAUGCUGAUAUUACUGGGAAUUCUACCGUAAGCUCUCACCCUACUAUGCCUAAGCAGGAAAUAUCUACAGCUACAUCGAAAAACUAUACUUUCAAGAAAGGCGAUAGAGUGAAGUUUGUCGGUUGUAUGCCAGGGUUUUCUCCUGCUCAAACUCCCGCAAUGAGGGGACCAGCCUAUGGUUACCGAGGUAAGGUGGUACUUGCUUUUGAGGAAAAUGGCUCUUCUAAAAUCGGGGUUCGAUUUGAUAGAACAAUUACCGAAGGUAAUGAUUUGGGAGGCCUCUGUGAAGAAGAUCAUGGUUUCUUUUGUGCAGCUGACACACUCCGGCUCGAGAGCUCUGGUGCUGACGAAAUUGACAAGCUUGCCGUAAAUGAACUCUUUGAGGUUGUUUCGGCAGAAAGUAAAGUUGGCCCAUUGAUCUUGUUCUUGAAAGACAUCGAGAAAUCCUUGUCCGGAAAUACUGAGGCAUAUACGUCUUUGAAAGUUAAGCUUGACAGUUUAUCGGAAAACAUUGUUGUGAUAGCGUCACAUACUCAGACAGAUAGCCGGAAGGAGAAAUCUCAUCCUGGUGGAUUGCUUUUCACAAAAUUCGGAAGCAACCAAACGGCAUUGCUUGACCUUGCCUUCCCGGAUAAUUUUGGUAGAUUACAUGAUAAAAGUAAAGAAGCAACGAAAAUAACGAAGCUGUUUAACCGCCUUUUCCCAAACAAAGUGACCAUUCAGAUUCCCCAGGAGGAAACAGUACUAGUGGACUGGAAGCAACAGUUGGAUCGUGAUAUUGAAACAAUGAAAUCUCAGUCCAACUUUGGUAGCAUUCGCUCCGUUCUAAAUCGGUUCGGGCUCGAAUGUCCUGAUCUGGAAACUUUAAGCAUUAAAGACCAAGCUUUGAAUAAUGACAAUGUUGAAAAAAUUAUCGGCUGGGCUUUAAGCCAUCACUUUAUGAAUUGUUCUGAAGCUCCACUCAAGGACUCAAAAAUUGUCAUUUCAAGUGAAAGUAUCGUCUAUGGAGUCAACAUCCUACAUGGCAUUCAAAAUGAAAACAAGAGUUCGAAGAAAUCUCUAAAGGAUGUGGCAACUGAAAAUGAAUUUGAGAAAAAGCUCCUCGGGGAGGUUAUUCCACCUGGCGAUAUCGGAGUUACUUUUGAUGACAUCGGCGCACUUGAAAACGUGAAGGAAACCUUAAAGGAAUUGGUGAUGCUACCUCUGCAAAGGCCAGAAUUGUUCAGCAAAGGGCAGCUGACAAAGCCUUGUAAGGGAAUAUUGCUGUUUGGUCCUCCUGGUACUGGUAAAACUAUGCUCGCAAAAGCUGUUGCAACCGAAGCUGGCGCAAACUUUAUUAACAUAUCUAUGUCGAGCAUCACCUCUAAAUGGUUUGGUGAAGGAGAGAAAUACGUGAAAGCAGUAUUCUCUUUGGCUAGCAAAAUAUCCCCGAGUGUUGUUUUUGUCGAUGAGGUUGACAGUAUGUUAGGGAGGCGGGAAAACCCGGGAGAACAUGAAGCAAUGCGAAAAAUGAAGAAUGAAUUUAUGGUGAACUGGGAUGGUUUGCGUACAAAGGAUAAAGAACGUGUUCUUGUACUUGCAGCCACAAAUAGACCUUUUGAUCUUGACGAGGCUGUAAUCAGGAGGCUUCCCAGGAGGUUGAUGGUGAACUUGCCAGAUGCUCUGAAUAGGGAGAAAAUAUUGAAAGUGAUAUUAGCCAAGGAAGAAUUGGCUCCCGGCCUCGAUCUUGCAGCCGUUGCCAGUAUGACUGAUGGGUAUUCCGGAAGUGAUCUAAAGAAUCUGUGUGUGUCGGCUGCCCAUUGUCCUAUACGGGAAAUUUUGGAGAAGGAGAAGAAGGAUAAAGCCUUGGCAGUGGCGGAAAACAGACCGUUGCCUGCACUGCAUAGCAGCGUAGAUGUUCGUCCUUUGACUAUGGAUGACUUCAAAUUUGCACACGAACAGGUAUGUGCAAGUGUAUCAUCAGAAUCACAAAACAUGAACGAGCUUCAACAGUGGAACGAACUUUACGGAGAAGGGGGGUCAAGAAAGAAGAAAUCAUUAAGCUACUUCAUGUAGAGACGAGGAGGAUAUUAUUUACAGAGAGCUGUGUAUAGUGUUCGAUGUUUAGGCGGUUCGAUUUUGGAACCUGUGAACCUGGAAAUCCAGUUUCAGGUUCCUCUACCCUUUUUUUAUGAAGGCAUGCAUGCAUUUGUGUAUCAUAUAUAUAGUUUUAUGGCUCUAUUAUUUUGUCACCACAAAUAUAUAAAAAAUAAAUUUGUAUUCUAAUUGUUUUACUUCUUUAAGGGCUCUCGCAUGCAUUUUGUAUAUUCAAGAUUAAUUCACUAAUCAACUCAUAGAUUUAGAUAUUUUUCAUUUCUGUCUCUUUUUUUUUUUGGCGUUUUGGAAUAAUGUGAUCUAUUUAAUUCAAAGAUUAAUAUUUACAUUUUUUCUUUGUA